AUGAGAGACACCCGAGAUGUCCAAAUCGAAAUCGAAGGCUAUGCAAUUGACCACGGGAGCGCUGAAUCACUCACUAUCAACUUCACCCCGGCUCUUCGGACGGGAUCCGAUCUGAGCCUGCCAGAAACCCAGACACCCGAGGUCUUGUAUGAAGACUAUUACGAUUACAUAUGCAGAGUUGUGCAUCAACAUCCAGAUAUUGAUGCAUUAAAGUGCUAUCUAGAGCGUCACGAUGAUGCUGGAGAUGAAAAACCAACGGCGGUGUAUUUCGUCGACUUCGUAUCUUCGAAUGGAAGUCUUUGGCAGCCGAUAAUUCAUGGUGUUUGCGCCAAUGCGGAGGACGUCCGGACAAUGCUGGAUGAGCAGGACGACGUAGUCGAACUACGCCUAAUUAUUGUUUCCCACGACAAAGCAAUUGAUAGGAAUAUUCUCAAGACUCUUGGAUAUGAGCUUGAUAUUGACCCUAGAUUGUUCAUCGAACAUAUGGGAACAUUGUUCCCGAAAACAUCAACAUAUUUUGCAACGCCGUAUCUUCCGUCGGAGGCAGCAAAGUCACCUAUUGAGAUUCAUUUCGGAGGCGGGAAAAGCACUGCUGCACUCCUUGAGCCUGGGAAGGCUAAGGUCAGCAUAAAUACAGUGCUCGUGCUUAUGGAUUCACCGGCCGAAAAUCUUGAGGCUGCGCUGCGAGAUUUUGAACGGCCUACUAUCAGAAAACCCCAGAUGUCGUCUGUAUCACUUGCGGUUCCGUCCCGAAUGAAUCUCACCUAUAGAUAUCUGCGAAGAUUAUCUGAGUUCCGGGUUGAGGAAAUCAAUCUAUCGUGUCAACAUCCAAUAUACUUGGUCCUUCCACUUCUUCACCUCUGUGCACUAGAAACUUCUAUGCUGUUGACGUGGGCAGAAGAGAAAUUGUAUGAGCGGCGCCUACCACAUAAUCUCGCGGAGCGAGACCCUUACAACGCAUAUAUCACGAGCGAAGGGUUUCAGCAGGAGAUAUUUACUACAACAACUUCUCUCAAAACACACAUGAGAAGCCCUUGGCUAAAUACGAAAUGUGAAACCGUUGUUCACGUUGAGGAAAAUUUGGACAGCGCAUUUCAAGACUUAGAUUUCUUGAGAGAUAAGGCUGCGUUGGUCCAGCAAGCGGUAACGGAUGCACUGAAUAGGGAAGCCGCCACCGAAUCCAUAAAUGAGGCUAAGCAGUCAAUCGCUCAGAGUGAAAGUGUGAACAAAUUAACGAGACUCGCUUUUGUUUUCGUGCCUUUGACAUUCGCAACGUCGUUGUUUGGCAUGAACAUUAGGGAAUGGCAGGCCGAUGACAAGAUACCUCAAUUGCGGUCUUUCAUCAUCGUGUCAGUGGUAAUAGUGCUUGCAACCAUGGUUAUCGCUGCGAUAUCUAGUUUGAUGUCAAAAUCUGUUAAGAAGAGAUGGGAGAGCUCUAAAACUUUAAGGUCGGCGUAUAAUUGCUCAUUGCUCCUUGGAUUAUUCUAUUCCAUCUUUGCAUUUUCGCAUGACAAAAUUACCAAUCGGAGGAUGUCAGUAUCUUUAUUUGACAUGGGAGAACACCGACACGAUUUGGGUGACUUCGAAUGGCUUGUAGAGAGUGAAUAUUGGCUUGGGAAGUGGUGGUACAGGUUAGCUGGGGCGGUCUAUCGGAGAGCUAUUCUAAAGAACGAGGAAAGGGAGUGUAAACUAGCAGAAAAGAUGGUGUAG